AUGAAAAAAGAACAAUCAGAAAAAAAGUCAACGCAAGUUCAACACGAAUUACCAAAUGGAAGGUCAAUAAAUAGGCAGACCAAAAGGUUCACUUAUUCAGAGGUAGUAGCCUUCACAGACAAUUUUGAAAGAGUUCUUGGAGAAGGAGGGUUCGGAGUAGUGUAUCAUGGUUCUUUGAAUGGUACACAACCGAUAGCUGUUAAACUACUUUCUCAAUCAUCAGUACAAGGCUAUAAGGAAUUCAAAGCAGAGGUGGAACUUCUUUUGAGAGUUCACCAUGUUAAUUUGGUAAGUCUGGUAGGAUAUUGUGACGAAGAAGGGCACUUGGCUCUCAUUUAUGAGUAUGCCCCCAAUGGAGACUUAAAACAACAUCUCUCUGGUGAACGUGGUGGCUCACCUCUAAAAUGGUCAAGUCGACUAAAAAUUGUUAUCGAAACCGCACAAGGAUUGGAGUAUUUGCAUACGGGUUGCAAGCCUCCAAUGGUACAUCGUGAUGUCAAAACAACAAAUAUACUUUUGGAUGAGCACUUCCACGCAAAGCUUGCAGAUUUUGGUCUUUCGAGAUCUUUUCCAAUAUUGGAGGUGAAGCUCAUGUGUCAACAGCAGUUGCUGGUACUCCUGGAUAUCUUGAUCCCGAUAUUGGAGACUAUCACAAGUCAACCUGUCAUUCAACAAACCCGAGAAAGAUCACAUAUAGCAGCAUGGGUGGGAUACAUGCUUACGAAGGGAGAUAUUGAAAAUGUUGUCGAUCCAAGGCUCAAUAGAGAGUAUGAGCCCACUUCUGUCUGGAAGGCUCUUGAGAUAGCAAUUUCAUGUGUGAAUUCUUCUUCUGAAAAACGACCAAACAUGUCUCAAGUUAUUAAUGAACUAAAGGAGUGUCUUACGUUAGAGAACUCAAGACAAGGAGGAAGACCUGACAUGGGCUCUAAAAGUUCCGUUGAACUGAGCAUGAGCUUUACCACUGAAGUUACCCCAAGUGCACGAUAA